AUGUCGUUCGAAUAUGGUGAAACUUCCCCGGUGGUGCAGACCACACAUGGAAAAGUGCGGGGAACACUUCUAAAGGGACUCUAUGAUGAUCAAUUUUACGCCUUUGAUGGCAUCCCAUAUGCCGCUCCUCCGCUAGGACCACUGCGCUUCAAAGAGCCAAAUGAUUUUGAGCCAUGGCGAGGUAUUCGAGAUUGUUCAAAGCCGCUAAGCAAGUGCCUGCAAGUGAGCUCACCAUCAAACUUGGUAGAGGGCUCCGAGGAUUGCCUUUACUUGAAUAUAUCAGCAAAAACGCUGCACAGCGAAAGGCCCUUGCCUUUAAUGGUCUAUAUCCAUGGUGGUAUAUUUAUUCGCGGGGAUUCCUCGAGACGAGCCUGGGGUCCGGACUACUUUAUGCGAGAAGAUGUCAUUCACGUGAGCAUCGGGCAUCGUUUGGGACCUUUAGGCUUCCUCAGCUUUGCGGAUCCUUCGCUGAAAAUUCCUGGCAAUGCUGGCCUCAAGGAUAUAAUUAUGGCUCUCCGUUGGAUAAAGGCGAAUGCAGGCAACUUUAAUGGUGACCCCGAAAGAAUCACUUUAUUUGGCCACAGUUCUGGCAGCAUGAUGGUUCAAAUGCUGUUGGCCAGCCCAAGAACCGAAGGACUUUUUCACAAAGCCAUUCUUAUGGCGGGCUUUUCCAUGGAACUGAAUCGUCUCCCCCAUUUGGAAUAUCGCCUGGCGAAACACUUGGGAUACGAGGGAGAGAAUGUAGAUAGCCAGGUUCUGGAGUUCCUCCUGAAGGCAGAUCCGAAACUGCUUGUCUCUGCGGACCUUUUCACUCCCGAAGAGAAGGGUCACGAUCUUAUGUUAUUUAAACCCAGCAUUGAGAGCUAUGCGACCCCUAAUGCUGUUCUCCUGGCGGAUCCCAAAGAACUGCAGCGGAACACCUGGAGCAAUCGCAUUCCUAUCAUUUUGGGAGCCAAUAAAGAUGAGGGACUCCUUUCCGUGGUCGGCUUAAAAACCGAUCCAAAAGUCUUGCAGAAUUUCCAGGAAUAUCCGGAGCGGGUGCUUCCACCUUCCCUUAAGUAUGGCUCCGAUUCAGCCCAGAAACGCGAGAUGGGACUUAAAUUGUUGGAGUACUUCUGCAAGGCGCAUGGUGAACAACUCAAAGUGGAGCACUUCGAUGUCAUAACAGAGAUCUUCACCCACAACACUUUCCAUUCGCUAGACCGAUUGAUCCAAGCCCGAUUGGCAUACUGCCAGGCACCGACUUAUUUUUACCGCUUCGAUUUCGAUUCACCGGACUUCAACUUAUACCGGGUUCGAUUCUUAGGAAAGGAGCAGCGCGGAGUUACUCAUGUGGACGAGCUGGGCUAUAUCUAUGUACUACCGGCCACUUUUAAGUUAGACAAAUCAAGAGCGGAAUUCUCCACGAUUUGGCGAAUGGUAUCAAUGUUUGUGCACUUUGCAGCCACCUCGGAUCCCAACUCUCCGCUUACAAAGCCUCUUGUGGAUUGGAAACCUGUGGGUUCUGGAGCUCGAAAGGUUCUUAGUAUCAGCGAGGAACUGAAGUUCAUUCCUUUUUCCAUGCCAAAACUUAAGUUUCACGAUAAUUUGUUUGACCAGGCUGGAGUAGCUCUGUUUUAGAUGGGAUGACCAAAAGCAAAACCUAAUCUACGCAAAAGUAAAUAAACUUUCGGCUUUUAUAGUUGACGAGA